AAUGUGGGCAAAAAACCGUCUCAAAACUGAUAAGUCAGUGACGUGGGCAGAACAGCAAUAUGUAAAGAAAAGAGUAAGGCGAACGGAUAAACAACUUGACAAUUUCAAUGAUGAAUUGUGGUCGAAAAUGUGGUACCUUAGGGGCGGAGCUGAACCAGGAAAUUAUGAUAUGGGUGUGAGAGAAGCGUGGGCCAGAGGCUACACUGGAAGAGGUGUAGUCGUUACCAUUUUAGAUGAUGGGAUAGAACAUAACCAUACGGAUUUAAUUAAUAACUACGAUCCAAGAGCCUCCUCCGACCUAAAUUCUCACGACAGUGACCCCAUGCCUAGAUACGACGAAACAAACGAGAAUAGUACAUCUUACCUGAAAACGUUAAGAGUGAAAGCAGGGCCUUUUGGAUGGCCUAUAGUAGGUAACAUUUUUCAAAUACGGUCAGAUCCUCUUGGAGUCUUAACGGGCUGGUGGUAUAAGUAUGGAGACAUCUAUUCUGUCAAACUAGGCAUGAAUAAAGUUACCAUCAUUAACGGAUACCAUGCUAUUAAAAGAGCAUCGUUGAAUCGUAAUUUGUCUAGUAGACCACCAUUACCCAUCUAUAAUGAUUAUCUCACCGGAAGCCUCAGUUUUGAUAUUUAUGGGGAUCGCUUAAUUCAAAAGAGACGUCAUUCAUUAUCGUUACUGAAAGAUAGGAGAAACAUUGUUGGUGAAGCUGCUACCGAUUACGUUGAUCGACUCGUUGAAGAAUGGAAUCUAUCUGGUGUAGUUGACCCUGUUGAUGGCAUAAUAAAAACUGUAGCAAAUGUUUUGUUCGCUGUCUUCUAUAAUAAAUGCAAAGAAGGUGAUGUAAAACAGCAUUUACUCAAUAUUCUUCUUUCACCAAAUGCAUCAACUGAACUAUUUGCUCUUGGGAAUCAACCUACUUUUCUUUCUUUCCUUCCUCAGCCAGCCAAAAAGAAUGCAGAAAUUCGAUCUAGAAUGAAUAAACUUGUUGACGCUGUCUUUGAUUGUGCUCUAGAAUACGGUAUGACGGAUUUUCUUUUCGAAUUAGACAGAAUUGGAAUGAUGAAAAAUGUAGCUGAAUUUUUGUCCGCUGGCGUUGAAACGUCGAGUUCUACAAUUCUAUGGCUAUUGUUAUUCAUUGCUGAAAGGGAGGACAUUCAGAAGAUGAUAUAUACAGAAAUAUGCAGAGUUUCUUCGAAUGAUGAGGAAACUUUCGAAACCAUUUAUGAAAAACGAAAUGAAAUGCCCUUAACUGAAGCUUGUAUAGCAGAAGUACUAAGGAAGUUUCCUCCAGCAGCCAAAGCUUUUAAACUUAGACUGAAGACACCUGUUCCAUUUGCCCUUCCCCACUAUUGUAUAGAGGAUACAGCUUUGAAAGGAGUCUCUUUAUCAAAGGGUAACAUCGUUAUACUCAAUCUAUGGUCAAUUGGCGAAGAUACUGCAGUGUGGGGUCAAGAUGCAAAACUACCAAAUCCAUUCAGAUUUAUUACUAAUGAGGGAAAAUUUGACUCAAAUUUAGCUAGGAAAGUUUCGGCCUUCGGCUUCGGACACCGAAGGCAUGGCACACGUUGUGCGGGUGAAGUAGCUGCUCAAGCUAACAAUACAAAAUGCAAUGUAGGAAUAGCCUAUAAUGCUAAGAUAGGUGGAAUUCGAAUGUUGGAUGGCGAUGUAAGCGAUUACGUUGAAGCUGAAUCAUUGUCCCAUCGUCAAAAUCAUAUAGACAUUUAUAGCGCUAGUUGGGGUCCAGAUGACAAUGGUAAAGUCGUAGACGGCCCGGCAAGGCUAGCAAAAGAAGCCUUCAUCCAAGGUAUUGUUAAAGGCAGGAACGGUAGGGGCUCUAUAUACGUUUGGGCAUCGGGUAACGGCGGCGUCGCUGAUGACUCGUGCAAUUGUGAUGGAUACACGAAUAGCAUAUUUACGUUAUCUAUAUCGUCUGCCACCGUACAUGGGAUAAAACCUUGGUACCUAGAGGAAUGCUCUUCUACAAUUGCAACUACUUACAGUUCGGGGGAUAAUACUCUUGAUCCUAAAAUUCUAACAACUGACCUCAGAGAUCGUUGUACUGACGGACAUUCAGGUACAAGCGCCUCUGCUCCUAUAGCAGCAGGUAUAUGUGCUCUUGCUCUUGAGGCUAAUCCUGACUUAACUUGGAGAGAUAUGCAACAUAUUGUUAUUGUUACUGCCGACCCUGAUCCUUUACAAGAUGGGGAUUUUAUUACAAAUGGUGUCGGUAGAAAGGUGAGUUUAAAGUAUGGAUACGGUUUAAUGAAUGCAAACUCAGUUGUGAAACUGGCUGAGAAGUGGACAACUGUUCCGGAACAGCAUAUUUGCGUUCUUCCUAGAUUGGAAAUUAACAAAGAAAUCUCCUCUUGGGGUGUGAGAAUUAGCGUUAAAUCGAAUGCCUGUAUCGGUAAAGCUGAUGAAGAAAUCCGUUUCAUAGAACACGUUCAGGCAAAGGUCUCACUAUCUUAUUCAAGGAGAGGAGAUAUUCGUUUACACUUGAAAAGUCCGAGCGGUACCAAUUCAACUUUACUACCCUCAAGAAAGAAUGACAUAGCUCAGGGCGAUUUCCACGAUUGGCCAUUUAUGUCAGUUCAUUAUUGGGGUGAACAAGCUGUUGGUGAUUGGGUGCUAACAAUAGAAAAUGCUGGAUCUUUAGAAAGUAACUCUGGCGUUAUAAGGAGUUUGCAAUUAAUUAUUUUUGGUACAGAUACCGACCCAUAUAAACCGGUUAAAAGAGCUUCAAUUGUAUCAUUGUUUAAGGAAAGACGAUCAACAUCAACUACAUCAAGUUCGGCACGAUUGAAAGGGUGCCAUCCUCAAUGCUCUCCUGCUAUGGGCUGCCUUGGUACGUCAGCUGCUGACUGUAUUAAAUGUCGCAAUUUAAAAAUGGGCGGGGGCCGUCAAGAAUGUGUUGCCAAGUGUCCUCAUGGCACAUAUAAAUCAAAAGAUAAUAUAUGUCUUCAUUGCGCAGGUAGCUGUCAGACUUGUCAUGGACCAACCAUAUAUGAUUGUAUAGUUUGCGCUCAUCCCCUUAUCAAAUAUAAAGAUAAUGCAUGCAGACACGGUUGCUCUCGGUCUUCGGCUCCUAAGAAUGAUGUAUGUACACCUUGUCCGAAGAACUGCACCCGUUGCCACUGGGUGGGGGAAGAUGCAAUUUGUGACAGCUGCCGAAUCAAAAAGCUACUAUUUAACGGAAAUUGUAUUGAUUCCUGCCCCUCUGGUUUUGGCCCGGUUGUUACAACAUGUCAAAAGUGCCAAGAUAAUUGCAUCCACUGCAAAGGAGGUCUUUGUUACGUCUGUCGUGAUGGCUAUAUCCUAAAACAGUCCGAUCGAUGCGUUAAGGAUAGAAUAUGUCCGAAGGGAUUUUACAAGGCGUCCAAUAACACGUACGUGCUGUGA